GUAAAUGCACGCUGACCACCAAACCAACACAUUGUGUCUGUGACUUGGGACCGUCCUGCAAAGCCAAUCACAUUGCACACCGCGUAGUUGUCGAGUGCAUCCAACCCUUCCAUCAUGUCGACGCCGCCGCCAGCCGCUGGACCGCACGACGGGGACCGUCGCAAGAGCUUGGGCAAGUACGUGAAGCGUAUGAGCAGUGUGUUCAAGAGAGAGAAGUCGACCAGAGAAGCGCCCCAGGCUUCGAGUUCUGCUGCUGUGCCUCCUGCGCCUGCAGCCGAGCAGCAAUCGCAGCGUGAGGUGUCGCGGGCAGAAGUUCCCAGUGAAGAAGCUGCGACCCAGGGAGCUGCGCCGGAGUCUGCCAAGGCCGAAUCGAUACGGCAAGAGGUCCCCGCAGAGAAGCCUGCCGCUGCUCCUGUCGCUGCCGACGACCCCAAUCCCGCCGAUGUUCAAAUUCUGUCUUCAGGCCCUGACCGCAGAGCCAUGCAGCAGGAGCGUGCUCGCGCACUCUUCGCCAAGUACGGACUGACUCUCGAGUCGCAUGAGUGGUUCGCUGCAUCUGCUCCUGCUCCUUUGGUGCCUCGCGUGGAGAAGCCUAUUCGCAUGCGCGUCCACCGCAGCUGCCACCUCUGCGGUCACCUGUAUGGCCACGACAAGAUCUGCGUGCAGUGUGAGCACAAGCGCUGCAAGUACUGCCCCAGGUACCCCAAGAAGAAGUCGCCCGGCGACAAGGAGAAGCACCACGAAACUGCUGAGCAGCCGAAGAAGAAGAAGGUGUUUGCGAUCACCACCAGACACGGUCACGAGCUCACCUACCAGCCUGCAACGCAGCGAGUCCGGCGCACCUGCCACAAGUGCGAGGCUUUGUUCGUCCCUGCUUCAGCGACAUCCUGCGCAUCAUGCAACCACGCCCGAUGCACCAAGUGCCCGCGAGAGCCGGCCAAACGCAACAAGUGGCCGACUGGUUACCCAGGAGAUACUGCAGCUGACAGUGAGGAUGACGAUGACGUGGAGAAGCCGCUGGAGCAGCUUCGACGCAUCUGGCGGAAACCAAGACGCAUCGUACGGUGGGAGUGCGAGCAAUGCCACAGCUCCUUCCGGCAGGGCUCACCUCAGUGUCCUGGCUGUGGUCAUGAGCGGUGUGAUCAAUGCACGCGGUCACCUGUCAAGAAGUUCAGACAGGAGGAAACAUUCGACCCUGCUGUGGUUGCAGCCGUCGAAGCCAAGCUCAGAGCCCUCGGUGUCGAUGACGACCAUCUCACCUCUGACGCCGAGCAUGUUUGAUCUCCCAUUUGCAAUCCUCAUGACUGUUGUUGAUACAUUCCCA